AAUAGCUCUAACAUUUUACAAGUAGUAAAACCAAUUUUUUAAAGUAUUUAUAGUUAAUUAUUUUAGCUCAUGCGUUUACUCUUAUAAAAUAAAAGCCUUGUAGUUCAUGAAUAGUAUUAGAGAGUUAGAUCUUAAAACAGCCUCUCUCCUACGUUCAAGUUUGUCAAUCUGCACCUACGCACAGGCAGUUGAGGAAGUUGUUUUUAAUGCCAUAGAUGCUGGAGCUACUUCUAUAUCUAUUACCGUAAAUUUUAGUACUUUAAGUUUUGAAGUCUCCGAUAACGGUUUCGGUAUAGAAGAAGAAGAUUUUUCAUUAAUUGGUGAGCGCUACGCUACAAGCAAAAUUAGAAAGUUAGAAGACUUAAAGAACCUCACUACGUUGGGCUUUAGAGGUGAAGCGCUAGCAAGUUUAAAAGAAACAUCUACUUUGGAAAUUAUUAGCCGUAGCUCGAACAGCUUUACCACAUAUUCAAAAAUAUUCCAAGAUGGUUGCGUACUAUUUUUAGGCCCAUCUGUAAAGAAGAGAUCUUCCGUCGGGUCCACCGUGCGUGUCCACAAUUUUUUACACAGUCUUCCGGUCAGACAGAAAAGACUUGUAGAGCUAAUAGAGAUCGAAAGUCUUAGCAAAAGACUUGAAGGUCUAUACUUAAUUCGGCCUUAUUUGACGAUUAUUCUGAAGGAUGAAGUCAACUCUCAAGAGAUCUUAAAAACUAAAAGAUGCGAGAGCAAGAAAUUAGCAUUCAGGCUUCUUUAUGGAAAUUUAAAGCUUUUAUGCAGUUGCGAGUUCUAUGAGCUGGCGGAGGCAUGUGACCGCUAUGCUCUUUCGGGGAUUGUGUGCUCUACAGGCUACUAUUCUAAGGAAUUUCAGUUUUUAUAUGUGAAUAGCAGACUCGUCCAAAAAUCUCAGUUUCACCGUCUUCUCGAUCGCAUCUUCGAUCACACAGCGAUUGGGAGUCGCUGGGCUCAUGUUCAGCCGGGAGGCAGGGAAAACGUGUUUGGAGUCUAUGUGUUGAACUUCUCCUGUUCUCCGUGCGAAGUUGAUAUUGGCUUUGAGCCGGCUAGAGUGACGGUAGAGUUCAAGGAUUGGAGCCCGGCGUUGCGCUUCUUUCGGGAGUCGUUACUCCAGUUUUUUAACUCAAAAGAUUUACUGAUGAAUUGUUCUCCCACAUUUAGUGAUACCUUAGCCAAUGGAAAUAUUCCUCAGGACUUAAUAGUCAAGAGGGAUAGUGCAGCUUAUAAUACCUGUUCCCAUCGUAAUUCGGUAGAAAGCGGAGACCCACUAAACAACGACGCUACUACUAUUCGUAGAGAAGUUACAGGAAAGGCAACAAAACUCUAUGUUGCAGAGAAAAUAUCUGAAAAAAAGUUUGGCUUUUUGAGCGACUUUGCCAUUUAUAGAAGUUGCAUAAAUAAGUGCUUUGAAGAUAAACGCAACCACUCGCCUUGUAAGCCAAGGAACUGUUCUUCUCACACAGCAGGUGACUGGGGCCGUACAAAGUCUGCGGGUGCUCCUCCGGAGAGUUCCGACGCCUCUGGAAAAACUGUCGUGGAAUUGUUUAGAAACUGGGUGAACCCUACCUUUGCGUUUAUUGGCCAACCUCGUCAUUCUAAGAACUUAGUAGGGGUUCCCGUUCAGUUUCAUAAGGAGAUGUUAAAGAGUGCCCGAGUGCUUCGCCAGGUCGAUAAGAAGUUCAUCGCGUGUAGAAUGGCCUAUACUGACCCUACUGGAGACCGCUCAGAACCAAUGGACCUGCUCGUGUUUGUUGAUCAGCAUGCUGCGCACGAGCGGAUUCGGCUUGAAAACUACUUCGAGCUCGUCCACCAAAAAGAAAUAUGCACUGUGUUGCUGGACCCUCCCUUACUGGUGGACGACCUGCGGGGUUGUGAUGUUGGAUCCCUGAAUAUGUACUCUAGGGAACUGGAAAAGUGGGGGGUUUUCUCUAACGCGAGGGGAAGUGGGGCUCUUGAAAUCACAGAAGUCUCGGAAGUCUUCAUCAGUUCUAUUGACUCUGACUCUGUCACUUCGCUAUUAAAAACCGCUGUGCAUGAACUUAUACAGACAAUGAGGUCCCUUUGCGGUAUAGCAGGCACGAUACCGCGGUGCUUUCUCGAUGUUCUUAACAGACUUUCCUGCAGAGGUGCCAUUAAAUUUGGCGAUAAGCUGGACUAUGCAGAGUGCGCGCGCCUUCUUGACUCUCUUUCACGAUUUGCCUUUUCAGUGUGCCCACGGCCGUCCUUCCAUGGUGCCUUUGGCCGACUUGUCAACGUUUACGGACAUGCCAAAGCGCUCACCCAAUUUAAGGAAGUUCGGCAACAAAUAAAGUUUUUACUUUAUAAGUCGUGGCUUCUUUUAUUAGGUACGGGUAGUGAUCGUCACGCGGCCGUUUGGUGGACGGCUGUUUUGAAGGAAAAUGGAGCGAAGGCGUGGCCGCCCCCCUCAUAAAAUUUGUUCUGAAACUCCACCCUGCAAAGUCAGUAGGAUUGGAUCGUAUCGCUUAUCUGUACUUAGAAGUUGCGCACCAGUGCAGGCGUAGUGCAUGAAGGAAGGCCGAGAGCCCUUCCAUAAUUACCAAAACAAAAACCGAGAGUGUUGCCCAUAUGAAGAAAGCAAUGUAAAGCACGAUAAAGCUUUUUGUGAAGGCUGGCCGCAAAACCAUAGUCCAUAAAACUUCGGAAAGCUUUUAAGCGCAUCAGUGUAAUCCUACUUUCUCACUAAAGAUCUUUUACCUGUGCGUGGGCCAAUGAUAAUGCCCACAAGCGGAGGUACGAUGCAGUGUUUGAUACGGCUCCAAGACAAAAUUCAAUAGUGUGGAUGGCCCGGUUCACUAAAAUUUCUCCAAAUCUGCCCUAUUGGAUGUACAAGUAGGAAAACAGCUUCAACAGCUUUCUCGGGCAGUAAUUAAGGAAUUUUACUGGUGGGUGGGAAGAUUCUCUACAAUGGAAAAGCCCAGUUACCUCGGGAGGGCCGCAAUGACUUUCGUCGGCAGCAUUGACCGGCUCCUGCACGAAUAACCCGAUCUCGCUGUUGCCUUCAGCCUCAUUUUCACAGUUC